AUGGUGAGUGCCACUGUUGCUCACAAUAUCCUUGCCAUCCUCGGUAAUCUCAUCACCUUCGCCCUCUUCUUCUCUCCACUGCCAGACUUUUACAAAAUCAUAAUCACCAAGUCGGUGGAGGGCUUCCACCCACAUCCUUACCUUGCAAAUCUUCUAAUCUCUAUGCUUUGGGUGUUCUAUAGAAUGCCCUUCAUUCACCCUGACCACAUUUUGGUUGUCCCUGUUAAUGUUACUGGCUUCCUUCUUCAACUUGUUUACUUAGCCAUCUUCUUCUAUUUUGCCGAUAACAAACCACGGAAGAAAUUGGGUAUUUGGGUUGUGAUGGAGCUCAUGUUUAUGGCCAUCAUUGUUGCUAUUACAAUGCUACUCUUGCAACAAACCAAAACUAGAUCGCUGAUGAUGGGAGUUAUUUGUAAUACUUUCAAUAUGGGGAUCUACAUUUCCUCCCUCACCGGCGUGAUGGAGAUGAUAAGAACAAAGAGUGUGAAGCAUAUGUCCUUGGCUGUUUCAUUCACAAGCUUCCUCAAUGCGUGUGUGUGGACAGCUUAUGCCAUUCUCAAACAUGACAUCUACAUGCUGAUAAACAAUGGUGUUGGAGUGAUUUCAGGUCUUCUCCAAGUCAUUACAUAUGGUUACUACUGCGUUAAUUGGUCCAAAAACAUACCCGUGGAAGGAGCAGAUACAGUUUAUUGAUAUGAAAUGUGUUGUUAACAAAAAAAAAAAAGUUUUGUAUUUUUAGAUCCAAUUGUGAGAGUGUUUCUUCAAUUCGAACUUGUUUUCUUAGAUUCCUAUAAUUA